AACCCUCGCUCUCCAUACGCCUACAUCCCUGUAGCGUUCGCUGGAGAGGAGCACGAAACCAUGGCCCUGUUCUUCGACCUCAGCGUCCCCUACCUCGAGCGCGAGCAUGGCGCCUCCUCUUCCACCGGCGCCUCCGCGGAGAACAAGGCGCUGCGCUCCGCGCGCCUUCGCGCGGCGGUGAAGGCGCUGGAGCUGGGCUACGCCGGGGUGGCCUACGAUCGCCCCUUCCGCGGCGUCGUCGCCGACUCCGAUCGCUGCAGCCGCCCCCUNCUCCCCUCGCUCCUCGCCGCCGCCCCCUCCCUCGCCGCCGCCGCCGCCCUCCACCGUCGCCUCCUCCGCUCUCCUCCCUCGCCCCCCUUCCGCCAGUUCUCCCGCAUCACCCUCUCCCUCGACUCCCCCGCCGCCGUCGCUUCCUCCUCCUCCAACCCCGUGCUCCGGACCUACGACAUCGUCGCCGUCCGGCCCCUCAACCAGGCCGCGUUCGACCACGCCUGCAAGUUCUCCGAGGUUGAUAUGAUUUCCAUAGACUUCUCUCAGAAACUUCCCUUUCGCCUCAAGCUUCCCUUAGUUGAAGUUGCAAUAAAGAGAGGGUUGCAUUUUGAGAUCACCUACUCUCACCUUAUUGCUGAUGUGAAUGUAAGGAGGCAAAUGCUUGCAGAUGCCAAGCUGCUAGUGGAGUGGACAAGAGGGAAGAAUGUCAUUAUCUCAAGUGCUGCUUCCUCUGUAAAUGAUAUCAGAGGGCCGUAUGAUGUUACAAAUCUAGUUGUAUUCUUGCUUGGUCUCUCCAUGGAACGAGCUAAAGCUGCUAUUUCCACGAACUGCAGAUCGCUGUUGGUUAAGGCCUUGAGAAAGAAGCACUUUUACAAGGAAACUAUUAGAAUUGAGAGAAUAUUACCUGAUAAUGAGCAGUUUGACUCUAAAAAGUUCUUGCUUAGCAACUUGAUUAACUGGGAUCCUAUCUCUAGCGGUGAAGGAGAUUUGCCAUCAUUGGACGAUAUUGCAAAUUCUACGCCCUCUAAAAAACAAAAUGCAAGUUCAAAAGCAAUUGAUUUCACAUCUAUAACUGAUGGAACACCAUUUUUACUGAGUCACAAUGCUACAAUAAUUUCCUCUUCUAACAAUUUGAGCGCAUGUGCUGUUCCAGAUGAAGUUUCACAGCAAGAUGAAGCCAAUGAAGUCCUAAUAGAAAACAGCUUAUCAACUUCUGUAACUGCUUUAGAAGAACAGAUUUCUCCUCCUGAAACUAUUUUAGUCCCUCUGGACAAUAUAGAAAAGCUACCUGUGGAAGCUAUUUUGGCAUCUGAAGCUGAUGCAUUGCAAUCAGAUCACAUGGAAUUAGAGGAUUGCAACACUACAGUAGGUGAUACUGUCCUUUUAUCAUCUGAUGCCAAUUUAUCAUCUUUCACUGUCACUGAGAACACGCAAACAUAUAACGGAUUUUUGGAAGAUGAUGAAGGGUCAAAGCACUGUGAAACUGAGGCCCAUAAAGAUGUUACAGAAUUAAUGAAGUGCAUCGCAAGUGCUUCAGGUAAUCAAGAUCAAACCCAGUUGAAUGAUGAUAACUACUAUUCUAAUUCUAUGAAGGACGAUAUGCAUACAGAGGGAGUUAAAGUCAGAACAGCUGAGAGAGAAGCUAGCCCAGAAGAAGUUGCAAGUGCCCAUGACGAAGAAUGGCAAAAUUUCACCACAGAACCUGCAUUGACUGGUCAAAGAGAGGGAUUAGAUGCUUUUUUGGAGGAAAUGCAUGCAAUGGAUGUGAUUAAGGACACAAAUGUGGUCGAACGAGAAGAUAUUCCAAGUGGGAAUACUGUCUCACUUGAGAAAAUCUUGAUUAAGGAAGAAGAACGAAUGCCAAGUAGGUGUUCUGCAACUAUUGGAGCUAAAUCGUUCGAAGUUAAAUCAGGUAAAAGGAAGCAACGGAAAAGUUCGAAUUAUCCAGCAUCUCCUUUGCCUUUCAGCAGCUUCUUUAAGUCUAUUCUUUUCAAGAGGAAAGGAUGGCCAUUGAGAAGAAGGCAAAACAAAUAAUUUAAGGCUGUACAUCUGGGGAAAAACUCAAUUGGCCAUCAAAAACUUUUACUCCAAGUGGGAUCUCUCGUUUUCUGCAUGAAGGGGGUCAACAGAUCUUUUAGAAGAGAUGAUGUUUCUGGGUGCGGGUUGACUUUAUCAUGUCGGUUGGCCACGCCACUCAAAGUUGGUGAAUUAGCACUGUCGAGCUAUGUCAGUACGAUACGUAAUUCUUUGGUAGGGCCGCACGAGGGUAUUUUGUUCAUUUUUUUUAAUGAGAAAGCUGUUGAGAAAUAGUCGAUAACCGUGCUCCAUUGGCUUGCUUAGCUGCUGGUUUUCUUACAAGCCAAUCAGCAACUGAAACAGCAUCACCUAUUCAUAACUCAGUGACUGGAGCAACACAAGUUGCCAACGAAUCGGGCAUUGCCGCAGGGUAAGCAUAUUCAAAAGGUAAAUCAUUCCCCCACCAACAUAUUGGCAUACGGUACCUUUGGAGCUGAUCAUCGAAGUCUUUAAUUCGUUGCGAAAAAGACUGCCCUUUGACAACAUAUGUUGGUUAUCUAUUGUUCCAGCAAACUUGCAUGAUUUUCUCCCAAACACUUGCUUAGAAGCCAAAUUUGAGUGGCAUGAUUAGUAUAAAGCUUGUUUGGUCGUAAUUAUUAAGUGAGAGAGUUGUCGAGGAUAUUCUCGUGCACUUAAAUGAGAUUAGAACACUAGUGAUUCACGAGGAAAUGAUUAUGCAUUCAUGGCUCCUAUUAGCGAGAACUAAUCCCUUGCUUUCCGUUUUAUCUUUUCUUUUCCCUUUUGGUUCAUGGGGAUCCUUUCUUUUUUCUUGAUGGGGUUAAGUGGUGGGGGCCUCUCUUUCCCAUGUAGUCAAAAUGCAAGAUGAGUACAUGCAUACUCUGAGGUGCUCUAAAGUUAUGGAGACUAGGGAAAUAUUGGGUGGGUUUUAAGGUAUAUUUGGAAAUUAAUAUUGUGACAGGAUAAGCUCACUGUUUUUAGGUAUUCUUUUAGGAUGCUGUGGUAAAUUAUGCUCGAUAUUUUUUUUCCUUUUCUCACAGGUCCAGUGUCGGAGUCCAUGGUAGAGGAUUAUUUUAUUUUAUUUUUUUUUACGGUCAUUUUGCACAGUUCUUUGGCUAUUUUGUCAUUUCAAUAUGAUAUAAAUCAUUUUGUUGGUGAAAUAUUAGGGUGCAUUAAAUUCAAUUUAUAGAUUAUGGUCACAAAAGAGGAUUUGCUAUAAAA